AUGGAAGUUUCUAUCGAGAUGAGCAUUUCAGAUGUUUCCAAAACACGUUUUGAGAAGGUUACAUCUGAAGGGGCAAAAGCAAUUGCAGAAGCCUUGAAAACAAACCAAACAUUAAAGACGCUUGACAUUACACUCAACAAUAUAUCAGAUGAAGGGGCAAAAGCAAUUGCAAAAGCCUUGAAAACAAAUCAAACAUUAGAAACUCUCGAUAUCCGGAACAACAAUAUAUCAUCUGAAGCGGCAAAAGCAAUUGCAGAAGCCUUGAAAACAAACCAAACAUUAGAAACUCUCAAUAUCUGGAGCAACAAUAUAUGA